UGCAGUGUUACAUUCUAUUAUACUACACCAAAAUGGCCACAGUCAUUCAAAACCCUCUGAAAUCGCAGUCCAGUGGAGCAGUUAUGAAGAACAGCCUAGGAGAAGAGUUCUACCGAGAAGCCAUUGAGCACUGCAGAAGCUACAACACGCGGCUGUGUGCAGAGAGGAGCAUGCGGCUGCCAUUUCUUGACUCCCAGACUGGCGUGGCGCAGAACAACUGCUACAUCUGGAUGGAGAAGACCCAUCGAGGCCCAGGACUGGCUCCAGGACAGAUCUACACUUACCCUGCCCGCUGCUGGCGUAAGAAAAGGCGGUUAAACAUCCUUGAAGACCCUCGGCUGCGGCCCUGUGAGUUUAAAAUUGACUGUGAAACGGUUCUGAAGAAGGAGAACGCUCUCCCGGAGGGGCCUGUAUUGGAAUCUCUGCUCAGUUCCGAGUCCCUGGAGAAAAAGGUGGAGAUGAAAGAUGAAGAGAGUAUGAGUGAAUGCCAGAAGCUCCUCGUGGGUGACUUCCCUCAUGAGCUGGACAUUGAAGAACUGGAAGAUGAUGUUCCAAAACGCAAGAACCGAACAAAAGGAAGGGCCUAUGGCAUUGGAGUGAUGAGGAAGAGGCAGGACCCCAUCUCUCUGGAGGACAGGGACAAGCCAUACGUCUGUGACAUUUGUGGUAAGCGCUACAAGAAUCGACCGGGACUCAGUUACCACUACACACACACACACCUUGCAGACGAGGAAGGAGAAGAAGACUCUGAACGGCAUACACUCCCCUUCCACCGGAAGAACAACCACAAGCCCAAGAAAGCCCCUGAUGGAUCAGUCAUUCCGAAUGGGUAUUGUGAUUUCUGUUUGGGCGGCUCCAAGAAGACAGGCUGCCCCGAGGACCUCAUCUCCUGUGCGGACUGCGGCCGCUCAGGUCACCCAUCCUGCUUGCAGUUCACGGUGAACAUGACGGCGGCGGUACGGACCUAUCGCUGGCAGUGCAUCGAGUGCAAGUCCUGCAGCUUGUGUGGAACCUCUGAAAAUGACGACCAGUUGCUCUUCUGUGAUGACUGCGACAGAGGCUAUCAUAUGUACUGCCUGAGCCCCCCAAUGUCGGAGCCCCCUGAAGGAAGCUGGAGCUGCCAUCUGUGUCUGCGUCAGCUGAAGGAGAAGGCCUCGGCCUACAUCACGCUUACCUAAGCCUCCACAGAGGGUCCGCUCUUGGCAAACGGCGGGCUUGGGAACGGAGUUUUUCCCUGCUGGCUCUGCUGGGUCUUACUGCUGGUUUAUUUAUUUUACCAGUUUGCUUGGAUUUUUCUUUUAUUUAACUGAUUUUUUUGAAUGAAUGACUUUUGGUUUACUUUUUUGUGCUGCCAUAAGAACUGCUCCCCAUCGCCCCCUACCUAUUGUUAAAGCAACUAAUAUUUAUUAAUUUAAAAAAAAAAUAGAGAAAAAGAAACAUUUUUUGAAUAUUUACUGAUACUUAACUAUUAGCUAAUAAAUGUAGAUUUAGGGAACGCGACAGAGCGCCUCCAGCUGUGCCUGUGACGUUUUCUUAGCAGACAUCAUAAGGAAGGAGGUGUAGUUUUGACAGAUCCAGUAAAGGAUCAGCUAGACUCGUGCUAACCUGCCAUAUGUGAACAUGCCGUGCGAUUGCUGCCAGUCAUCAUGUGGCGCCUUUCUUAAUGAUUACUCAACCUGGUAAUUGACAGUUUUACUGAAAUGAGAAGGAGUGACGGGCACGCGCUUAACUAAAGGUCCGUACAGCCGGACUGCGCUCCUUACGCGGUUCACAACCUCAAAGAAAACGACCCAAGCACAGCUGAACGACCUUUCAGUUUCCCCCGUGUUUCUUAUCUCGAUAACAUGCAGUACCGUUCUGAGAGAAUGAGGCAGGGGUUUGGGGUAAUGUGGCUCUAGCUUAGUUUGCACCUCUGUCCUUCUGGACGUUUCCAGUGGUCUGAUCUUGAAAUUCUCAUCAUGGUGGUCAUAAAAUGUUUUGUUUUGUUUUAUUAAUUAUCAUUUGGAUUUGUUUCCUGAUAUGUUGUCUUGUGACCUUCACACUGGCAAUCGAGCUGGCAAGCAGACAUUCUGGCGUAGACGGCAAAAUGAGGUGAACAACGGGGGGAGUCCGACAAUGGGAGUAAGGCAAGGGGGCCUUGUCGGUGCUGAACUGCUCUGUAAAGCUUUAUUGUCAUUUUAUUUUCAACAUUUUGAGCACACCGGUGCCCUCGAUAGGCCGGCUCUUACCUUCCUAUUGUUUUAUUUAUUUAUUUAUUUUUUGCUCAAAUUGAUCCAAGCCUCCCACCUCCACCUGAAUAGUAACUAGGAAUUUUGAAACCUCCGUCUGAUUGACGCCUGCAUUGUGAUUACUUUGUUUAUCUGGCAAAUGUGCAGCUGCUGACCUGUAAAGUUACCCGUCAGGAAUGGGGCACCCGCUGAGCUUCUGUAUGAGACGGACCGGGGCACUUGGAAACUAUGGGCACAGGAAUUCUGAGCCUGGAUGGUACUUUGGGAUGGGGUGGGCUAUAAACAGGAGCUCAGCUCACCUGUAAGUGGCCCGCUUAUAAAAAUAUGGAGAUGGCUCUGCUGAACCUGUGAAGCCCUUGGGCACAGAGUUUAGUGUUAACAGGCACCAACGAGUCUUCUAGCUUCAUAUUAAUAACAAAUUAAGGCCAUUGUUCAGUUUCACCCUGGUGACCCACUUGAGAGAUUCUAAGCGAGCCGCAUUGCCUGCCUGUGGUCUGCUUUCUAAAAUACAGAAACAAGUAUCCUGCUGUUAUAAAGCAGAGGUCCCACUAAGGUGGGCAACAAUAUUGUACAAAUUCCCCCCACUGACCCACUUGCUGACCCCCAGUGGUCCAUUUGUUAAAAUAUUUAAAAUAGCUACAUUUUACCUGUGACAGUUCAGUAUUAAAAUGCCCUCUAAUUUAGGAAUAUUAAUAAAAUAGGAAAACUGUAAAUUCCCCACUUGGGUGACCAUAAAGGAGCCACUUUACCUGCUGGUGGUCCACUUGCAACAGUAUGGAAACAAAUGUCCUGCUCUUCUGAAGCAUCUUCAUAUAAUGUUCAGUGAUUUAAUACACUAAGGUAUCUAACGAUUGAAUCAUAUUUAAUACAUAAAUUAAAUGUUCUGUUUGCCCCCACUGACUCACUGGGUGACCCUAAGUGGGCUGCAUCACCUACCAGUGAUCUGCUUGCAAAAAUAAGUGCCCAGCUGCUGUACAGGAUGUUGUGUUUCAGCAACAACAAAACAGUAACAAAGCAAAAAGAAAUGAAAAGCCGCAGCUGACUGCACUAGGCCAGGGUCUCACCCCAGGCAGCCUAGCCCCAAACUCAAAUAGCAGGCUUUCCAGCCCAAAAUGGGAUCCGUUUUUUCUUUUUUCUUCAUAUAGCCAAAAACUGACAUUCAGGGGAGAGGAUAACAGAAAACCUCUGUGGGGUAAAAACAGUUCAGUAUUAAAAGGUGCUAAGUUGUCUUCUAAGUUAAGAUUAUUGAUAAAUUAAGAAUAUUGUUCAGUUUUCCCCAAGUAAUUCAUUUGGGUAACCCCUUAGCAAGUUGUGUCACCAGUCAGUGGUCCACCCAGCUUAUCCAUCCUAUUUGCCCAAAAUAACACCAAGUUGAAGAUUAGCUUCUACUUCUGGAACACAUUUGGAUUGGGCUCUCUACAAGAGUAACUGCACAACUUUAAAAAGCUUGUUCACUUCAUCAUUGGUGACCCACAGUGCAACUGGGGAAGUCAUAAGUCUCGAACCCUGGCCAUGAGUGGGCCAUGACCCUCCAAGAGGGACAGAGUUCACAAACUCAGUUGUGGUGAAAAGUAUCCAUCAAUAUAAUGCACUUGUACGCCAGGGCAGUACUGGGUCUUCAAUUUUUUCUACAGCUGUUCUUCUUCUGUGGCAGGAUGAUUGUACAAUAUACAUCUUUAUUAUGAAAAAAGUCCAGUAGUUUAAUCACACAAGUUUUCAUUUAUUGUGGGCUUUCUGAAUCCAACACCGGGCCAAAGUCAUACAACACACCUAUUGUCUGGUAAUUGUCCCGUAGCACAUUUCACUUCAAUCCGAUGCUUCUGGCAGCCAUCAACAAGCUUCUGGCAGAUUCCUAGUUGGGUUUUUGGCCACCGUUCUUGGAGGAAACCAAAUUUGAUGGUUUCCUGGCUUGGACCUGACUUGUAAGCAGAGUCCACAUUAUUUCAGAAGGGUUGAGGUCAGGACUUUGAGAAGGCCAUUCCAAAUGCUUCAUGUUAGCCUGCUUUAUCCACCUCAAAAUGGCUUUGAUGUGUGUUUAGGGUCAUUGACCUGUUGGAACGCCCAGUUGUGUCCAAGUUUCAACCUUCUAGCUAAUCUGAGGUUUUGCUGAUGAAUUUUAUGCUAAUCCACCUUCUUCAUUAUUCCAUCCACAUUGUGCCAUACCCAAGCUCCAAUAGCAGCAAGGCAGAUCCAGGGCAUGAUCGUACCACCACCAUGCUUAGCAGCUGACACAGUGUUUUUGGGGUUGAAUGCGUCACCUUUAAUCCUCCAAAUAUACCUCUGCUCACUGUGGCCAAACAACACAAUCUUCAUCUCAGCUGAACUUAAACCUCUCCUCCAGAAGGCUUUUCCUUUACCUGAAGGUGUUGAUUAUGGAGUAGGAGCUUCUUUCUUGGAAUGGAGCUUCUCGGCCCACAGUGAUGUAAAACUAGUGGACAGUGACACUCUGGGCCAGCUUUUACACCCCUACGCAGACUCGGCUACAAGCGUUUCAAAGAGACAUCCAAAUUAGAACUCUUCUUUAAGAUCUGCGUUUAACUCUGUAACAGAAAUCGACAAAGGGUAGGACCCCCAUUGGUGAUCGGCACCCUCACAAUCGAAUAUGAAACCGAUAAACGGUUACCCCUUGAAAAUCUGCACCCUCACGCACAAUCACAUAUGAAAUCAAUGAACGGUUACCCCUUGGAGAUGCGCCCUGUGAUCGCACAUGGAAUCAGGUCUUGGUCAUUUUUUACAAAUCAGCGCCCUCACAACUCGAUAUGAAAUCGACAUUUGCUCUUUGAAGAUCGAUGCCCUCACGGUCGCAUAUGAAAUUGGCAUGGGGGUGGUGUUCCUUAGACAUAGAUAGAUAGAUAGAUAGAUAGAUAGAUAGAUAGAUAGAUAGAUAGAUAGAUAGAUAGAUAGAUAGAUAGAUAGAUACUUUAUUAAUCCCAAGGGGAAAUUGGUGCCAUCGCAGUCUUUUUGACGCCUCCAUGGCUAUGGCACACCUAGGCUGGUUCCUACUCAGCCUAUGCCUAGAGCCAGCCCUGGUGUCACUUAUGUACCUGCAGCUGCCAGUUCAUGGCACACACGUUUCUUGGUGGUUCUUGAAUUGCAUUUGACCAUCUGGCCAUCAUUUUCUUCUUCCAGACCUUGGCAGAGUGAUUGCCCCUACAAAUAACUUUGUGGUCUCGACACAGACAGACGCAGGCAAGUCUCUGCAAACAAAGGCUUUUUAUUUUGCUGUGGGAAACUCUUCCCUAAUUGUUUCCCACCACCAAAGCACAGUACAGUCAAAGCGCACAGCACAUCAUCUCUUUUUGUCUUUCACUUCAGCACCUCUCUCUGCCUCCACUUCUCCCAGCAAGCGUUCUCUUCUCCCCACCAACUCCACCUCCUGGAACCGCAGCAGUGGGCUUCUUUUAUGUGACACCUGGGAGUACUUCUGGUGGCCCGUUAGCAUAGUCCAGAAGAACUUCUGAGUGAGGUGGGAACCCAGCAAAGUAGGGCAUCCCCAGAACCCAACAGGGCUGAGUCCACAAACCCUCUGGUCCCAGCAAGCCGUGUGGGAAUCCAGAGUGCUGCAGCAACCCAAGGGGGCUACCAUCUAUUGAUUCCGGGGGAGAUAAUGUCCAAUGCAUGCUGUCUCCCCCAGUCCUGCCGUUACAAGGGCGUCCCAGCUGGGUAAGGGUGCCACAACGUGUUGCUUGAUCUGAUGAUCUUGGAAUCUGAAGCUGUUUAGAAGUGGCUCCAGGAGACCUCAGAGGACCUUUACUGACUUGUGUAAAUCUGCUGUCCUCUUUCUCAAGUCUGCACUGAGCUCCUUUGACUUUCCCAUUGUAAUGAGUGUUGGUCAAUCCAAUGGGUGCCAUCAAACGGGCAACACAGAGAAGCUACCAGCUGGAGUCAAUCAUGGUCACUAACGGUGACACAUUUUGGAACCUUUGUUGACCCCCGUAUGUACGUCUGUGACCCUGUGAUGGUUUCGGUAACUUGUGCGCUGCACUCCUGAUUUGUUUUUCUGUAACAAUGACGUACAGUAUGUUGCACAGUCAUCCUGCCACUUUACAGCACAUCGGUAUGUUAAUCAAUCAGCCUUUCAUAAGGUUAGGGUUGAGCAAGCAAGCGCACAAAGUGACCAGUAAAAUAAAAUGAAUCAGAAUACUUUAUUAAUCCCAAAGGAAAUGACUGAGGCUACAACUGCACGGAUAAACAAAGGCACAAGUAACACGGACAGCAAAUAUUCAAAUCAGCAUAUAAAGUAAAAUAAAAUGUAAAUAUCAAAAUACACUACAAUAAAUCCUCACUCGCUAUGCUCCACAGGUAUGCGGUGAAUUAAAUAUAAUAAAUACGAUACAUCAGAGUCUCUUACCAAAUCCUUAGCUUACUAUACAGAACAGCACACUGAGCAGGAAGUAAUAUUGCGCAUACAGAUGAAAUAUAUUUAAGAAAAAAAAUACAAAAUAAAGUGACAAACACUACAGACAGCUGCUGCCUUCAACAGCCCACAGGAAGGAGGGCUUUACAGGGGUGGGGUGACCCCUGAGGCAGCAGAUGAUGGUGGACUUGUGACUGUGCCACCACUCAGGAGGUCAGGCUGUACCCCCGGUCCAUGAGUGGUCCACAGUUCUUCAUUCCAAGCUUUAAAAUGGAACGAAGCCC